UCCGGGAGGCUUGUUCUUAACUGGAACUAUCACAUGAUGCAUAGUUUACAGUUAACACUAGGCACUAUAGCUGAGUAACGUCCGUCUUUGGUAAACAUGGCAUCUACAGUAGCACCUUCGGAAAUCAACCCGUUGAACAUCGUUCUGAUUGGAAUGACGGGUUUUGGCAAAAGUUCAACAGGAAAUUCAAUUAUGGGUCGCAACGCAUUCAAAUCUUCAAAUGCAUCAGUCUCAGAGACAAAGAUGUCGACUUUAGAGUGUAGGGAGUGGGAACACGGGCUGAUCAAUGUUGUCGACACACCUGGUAUCAUGGACACGGAUGACACUCAGAGGACGACUUUGACCAAUAUUUACAGUGCAAUGGGACUUUGCGAAGAAGGAUUUAACGCCAUUGUGAUCGUGCUCAAAUUUGGAGAAAGAUUCACGGCUGAGAAGAAAAAGGCGAUUUCGAUAAUCAGGGAAUCUUUUGGAAAAGAUUUGAUUAAAAAUUGUAUAAUCGUCAUGACGCAUGGCGUUAUGUUUGAUUAUGAGCAAACUGGAAUGUCGUUUGAUGUUUGGUGCAGGAGUCAAACGGAGCCGAAAGAGCUGGUUGAAUUGUUCCAGGAAUGCCAUUACAGAAUUGUGCUCUUUUAUAACAAACUCCUCCCAGAAACUGAAGAAAACAAACGUAAACAAAAGGAAAUUGUUGACAAUUUUUUGCAAAUGGCCUGUCAUCUUCCUCAGCGGUAUGUCCGUGAAAGUUUCCAAAAAGCCGCAGUUGAAAGAGAGAAACUACUUAUGGAGGAGGAACUGCCUCAGCUGCAGAGAGAAAUACAGCAGAAGAUCAGUUUACUUGUGGGUGAAGUUGACGAAGCUAUUAGAAAUGUGCGAAAUAAAUCACAAGCUGAUUUCAACAAACUUCAGCAGAGAGUUGACGAUUUGCUGAAGGAAAUUGAUAUGAAGGACAAACACACAAAUUUGUUUCAGGAUUUAAGGAAUAAUGUUCUGGCGAUCAAGAAAAGAAUACAUGAUAUAUCUACUACUACAAAACAAACCGAUGUUUUGCCUCAACUCUUGCAGCUGCUUGAGGAUAUCAACACCAUCAAAAACCCACCAAACUGUAAAAAAAUGUGGUUGAAGUUUUUAGGCGGAAUGGCAUUGUCAACUGUCGCUGCUCUUAGCACGAUUGUGGUGGGUCCCGCUGGGUUGGCGGCGGCUGGCUUUGCCUCUAGUGCAACUUCUAUCGCACUGAUGAAAGAAAGGAGGGCGUACAUGCAAGAAGUACAAAAAUACGAACAAGCGGUCAAACGUGUUCAGUCAGCUUUAAAAUAAAGGUCUUCCUCAUCUAGCAAGCUAUUGAGUGGUGCGACUAAAACCAUUUUAUGGACGAUGAUGUUUAAGUUGGCUGCUUAUUCAACUACUACAAUAUUCGUUACUAUGUAUAACUGGCCUCUUAUAAUUACAAACUUCGGGUCAUUUUGAGACUAUUUGCCUUUAUGUUUUAAACAAAUGUAUAAUGUAUCUAACUAGAUUUUAUAAGACCACUUUUUUUAAGCAUAGUGUUUACAAUAAACAAACUGUAUGCCAUGUAAUAACAUGUUUUAUACAAAUGUGUAGAUUUUUAAUUUAGAUAAUUAAAUAUUUUAAAAUUAUUCUUGAUCACCGUGCCACAAAUUGACAUAAAUUAAUGUUAUAAGAGAUGUACACUGUAUGAUACUUCGGCACUUGAUAGACAUGUGGAACAAUGAACUGCAUUUAUAGGGGAUAUGCUCAUUAAAAAAAUAACAAUAAACCUGGUUUUUCGUCAUAAUGGGUUUUUUACACUUUUGGAUACUUUGUCCAUUUUUCUAUUAAGAAAAUAAUAACUUUAUUGACAAAAAAAAUGUUAUGGGUUUAAAAUACUGUUUUUAUGACCCUAUUAAUUUUUUUUUUAAAUAUUUUUUUUCCAAUUUUAACCGUCAUCAUAUUGUAAUUGGCAUCAUUAAAAAAGCUGGAAAUCUCAGGUAUUUGAUAGUCGUGUUUUCCAUCGUCUCGAAAACACCCACAUCUUACAAAUUGGCUUUACAAAUUACACAUAUAUGGUAUUUUCGUCACCUAAUUUUCGUUAUUUUGCUGUUUUCUCAGUUUAUAGUUUUUUGCAUUAACAAGCCUAAUACUUUUUUUUAUUUAUGAAACAAUGCCACCAUAGUACAAUGUUUUAAACCUUGUAGAAUUCUGACCAGUAACUCUUUCAAAAAGUUGUUGUGACAAAAGUUUUAAUAUAUGCUGAAAUAUAAGCCGUUUAAAUUUGAUUGCUAUAAGUCCAUUUAAAAAAAUCCUUAGCGUUUUUAAAGGCACCGAAAAAUUCAUAAUGGCGGAGUUUUUUUUUUCGGGUUUCUAUGACAACCAACAUGUUUUCAACUCUUUUUUUUUUUUGCUGUUUAAUGCUUACUUUCAUGUGCCAAAUAUGGUAAAAGUAUUAAAAAGGCUUCAGAUCUUAAAUUAUUUAAAAAUAGAAAUAAACUGAGCAUAUCCCAUUAUGAAUAGGUUUAUUCUAUUAUACUCUAACUAAGCAUGCUUCGUAAUGUAAAUUAUAACAUUCAAUAAUCGUAUUACUGUGACCAUAUGCACGUUGCUUGGAAAUUAUUUUUUUGUCUGAAAUAUAUGUUCUGGUUAGACUUUACUGGGGCUGUUAGUUCUAUCAACAACUUCGGAAAAAAAAUAAGUGUUUAAUAAAAACUUAUUUUG